AUGGUGAUUCCUCAGGAUGGACUCUGGGGCCCUUCGCACAACAGGAGAGGCUGCGGCGGUUGCGGACCGGCGGUGAAGACCUCGGCCGCGAACGCCGAGUACUCUGUCUCCUGUACCACCUUCAACAUCCUGGCCCCCAUCUACAAGCGCCUCGACAAAGAGGUUCACCCCUCCUCCCUUCUCGUUCCUCAAAUGCUUUCUCUAAAUUCUGUAGUGCCCGUGGGCGAUCAAUCUUCCUUUUCGUUCUCGGUCUGAAUUUGUGGUAGGGCAGGAUCAGAGUCGCCGGGAGAGCCAAUACAAGGCGUACUGGCUUAGCAGGAACAGGAGAAUACUGGACCGCCUUCUUGGCGAAAAGUCCUCAAUCAUCUGCCUCCAGGUUGGCCUCUCCCGAACUUAUUUGUCUUGAAGCUCUCUCCUGCUUUCAGUUUUUCUCGAAAUCUUCAAGUUGACUUUGGUCUUCUGCCUCUCUCUCCGUUCCUGCGACAGGAGGUUUGGGUUGGGAAUGAGGAACUAGUGGGGCUGUAUGAGAAGACGCUGGAUGAUGCUGGUUAUGUCAGCUUCAAACUGGCUCGGACUAAUAACCGUGGAGAUGGUAUGUUGUCUGAUAUGCUCUGGCAUAUCCUCAGUCCAGGAGCUAUUAUGUCGUGGAUUUCUCUUCGGAUUAUAUUAGAAUUAGGGAUUCUUAUGAUGUUACUUUGCCAAUUCACGAGCACAUCAAACAGAAGAACUGCCGAGGAAUCUUUCAGGUAGCAUAGCUUGGGAAAUUAAAUGAUUUCCCUGAGAUUGUCAGUUCGUUCUGUUUCUAUGUUUGGGGACAUGCCGCCGUUUCUUAACAGACUAACAAAGUCUGCCUCCGGGCAUCUGAUCCUUUUGUGAUUGUGUCAAUCUCCAUAUGACCCUUUCUUAAUUUUGGGGCUGUGACAAUUUUUUCAAGAAAUUUCUUUUUGGUUCUCAUAGAAUUCUCAAGACCUGAAUGGUACGAAUAACACUUUCAAAGACUUUGUGGAGAUUCACCAGAGUUUCUUAAAUCACGGUCUUUGGUUGCGUUUCUCUACAAAUUUUUAUGCUUGCUUGGUGCCCAUGGAGAUCAUCGUUCUCUCAUCAACUCCCAGUUUCAUCAAUCUCCUGCUAAACGAAACCAUCGUGAUAAAUAUGGGUGCCUCUUCCUCAGCAGAAGUGGCCCUUCAUUUUUUGCUUUCUUUUGAGACAUUUACAGUCAGAAAUCCAUGCAUCUCGUUUGAAUUGGUGUCCUCUCGAAUCCUUACUCCUCUUGACUUCUCUGACUUCGUGCUUAUUAUUCAUCAAUUAAAUCUUUUUCAGGUCUGAUGACUGCCCUCCAUAGAGACUGUUUUAGGGUUCUAAACUACCGAGAGCUGCUCUUCAAUGACUUUGGCGACCGUGUUGCUCAGCUUCUGCACGUUGAGUCAGUUUUCCCUUUCUGGCAAAGUCGGCACAGAAACAUCCAGCAGGAAGUUCUCAUAGUCAACACCCACUUAUUGUUUCCUCAUGAUUACCGCCUCUGCUUCGUUCGAUUGCAUCAGGUAGAUUUGUUUCCAAUUUUCUUCAGCCAAGAAAUUUAAUUAUACACACUGCAUGCAUAUUAAUCCACCAGUUCCUCAGGUCUACAAGAUCCUUCAGUAUGUGGAGUCUUACCAGAAAGAACGCGAGCUCAAUCCGAUGCCUAUCAUCCUCUGCGGGUCAGUUCUUGUUCGCCAGAUUGUUUCCUUAUUUUUUUGAGAAAUCAGAUUAGAAAGAGGUUAUCAUCGUCGUUCCUUGUCCACCUUUUAGGGACUGGAAUGGAAGCAAGCGGGGGCGCGUGUACAAGUUUCUUAGGUCUCAAGGCUUUGUCUCCUCAUACGAUACCGCCCACCAGUACACCGACAGCGAUGCAGAUGCCCACAAGGUGAUCAUCUCCUCUUCCUUCCUCUCCCUUCAUGAAGAUGAAUCCCGCUCUUCCAUCUCUCCCUGCUGAGCUUCCCACUCCUCCCAAUGCCAACAGUGGGUCAGCCACCGGAACCACCGCGGCAACAUAUGUGGGGUGGAUUUCAUAUGGCUUCUUAAUCCGAACAAGUCCCGGAAGCCGCUCAAGACCAGCUGGAAUGAAGCCGUUUUCGGUAUAAUUAAGGUAAUGAAUGUGUAAUCAAGCAUCUGCCUUCGCUGCUAGUAGUAGUAGUAGUAGUAGUAGUAGUAGUAGUUCUGCUCGGAUUUAAUUUCCGUUCUUCCUGUUCAAGACUGAGGAAUCCUCCUUUUUUAUUUGCCUCAGUACUUCCUUCGCGAAGCCUCCCUGUCAGAAGAGAACUCCUUCGGGUUCCUGAAAGCUGGCAGUGAUGGUGACUGCAUCACCUACCCUAGCUUCUCCCAAGCUCUCUGCCGGGUAAGCCCAUCCCCAAGAACAAACAGGCCAGGAAUAGAAAAAAUCUCCCAUCUCAGCUUCUUCUCCAUCGAAGGUCGCUUAAUCUCUGGUUAUUUAUCCGCAGCUGCACUUGUCAGGGCACCCAUGCGGACUGAGCUCCGAAGAGAUCCAGGAUCUGUGGACGCAGGCGGACGUCGAUGGGAACGACUUUAUAGAUUACGCUGAAUUUCAGGUGUGAUCUCGUCUACCCUAUUUUCAUUUUAUCAUAGGGUUUGAUGAUCCGCUCACGGUAGUUCUUCCCUCAUCCAGCAGCGGAUUUGGAACCAAGACUGUGCCGAACCGACCGAGGAGGCGGCCGGCGAGGGGAGCGGCGGCGGCGCGGAGAGCCUGUCCAUCGGCUUCGACGUCAAGAACGCAGCCCUCUUCCCGCCGGAGGCGGAGAAGGGGAUGUGGCCGGAGAACUACUCCCUCUCUGACCACGCCCCGCUCACCGUCGUCUUCUCGCCCGUGAGGGUGCCGUGCUCCCAGCCCAUCUGCUGA